AUGCGUGUUCCUCUCUUCUACUUGUACAUUUCGUGGAGCAAAACUUCGAGAAAUAUCAAAGUUAAAUAUUCCGCAUCUCCACCAAAGUAUCUUCUCAUUCACUCUUACAUGCCACUCCACCAACUUUUAAUUUUCUUCUUCUUUUAUUCUUACAAAUUUAAUGGGGUUCUUGCUACUAUUUUGGUCAUAUAUUUUCACCAAUUCUCUUAUUUUUACUCUCUCUUUGACCUCAGUUACUAGCAAUGGGACUGAUCUUCACGCCCUACUUCAAUUUAAAUCCAAAAUUACUCAUGACCCAUUUCAAGUUUUCACCUCUUGGAAUGAAACCACCCAUUUUUGUCACUGGCACGGCGUCGCCUGCGGUGGCCCUCCUCCCCGCCGCCGGAGAGUCACCGUCUUAAACUUGCAGUCUUUACAGCUUUCAGGCUCUAUAUCACCUUAUAUAACCAACUUAACCUAUAUGGUGACACUAAAUCUUCAGAAUAACAGCUUCAGUCAUGAAAUCCCUGAACAGAUUGGGUAUUUGAGUAAGCUUGAAGAACUCAAAUUGAGUAAUAAUUCUUUAACUGGCAAAAUUCCAACAAAUAUAACAAAAUGCUCGAAUCUGAUUGUGAUUCGGUUGGGUUAUAAUAAGCUACAUGGAGUUGUUCCUGAGGAAAUUGGUGCACUGUCGAAGCUACAAGUCGUUUCCAUGCCUGUAAACAAUCUGACUGGAAAAAUCCCUGAUUCGAUUGGGAAUUUGUCGCAGCUUCAUAAUUUGUUUCUGUCUGGCAAUCGAUUGGUUGGGAAGGUACCUGAGUCUCUACGCCAAUUGAGCAAGCUGCAAGCGUUGGCUCUUAGAUCAAAUGAGCUUUCCGGUACAAUUCCAUCACUUUUCAAUAUUUCUUCUCUCCAAGAUUUAGACAUAGCACAAAAUCAUUUCCAUGGAAAUCUUCCAUCAGAAUUCGGACUGUUGCUUCCGAACAUUCGAUGGUUAGCAAUUAGCUCUAAUGAGUUCACAGGCAAAAUUCCUGCUUCAUUCUCUAAUGCCACAAAUCUUGAAUUAUUGUCUCUGAUCGAAAAUAAUCUUACCGGAGAAGUUCCUUCUCUACCAAAGUUACAUAAACUCCGGGUUUUUGCUGUUACUUCCAACAAUCUCGGAACAGGAAAAGCUGACGACUUGAACUUUCUCCGUUCUAUGACCAAUGCAACAGCAUUGGAAGAACUGGGCGUUAAUGGAAAUAGUUUUGGAGGAUUCUUACCUGAAACCAUAUCCAAUCUUUCUAUUAAUCUGAGAAUAUUGUUGCUCGAUAACAAUCGAAUAAUUGGAAGCCUUCCAUUCGACAUAGGAAAUCUUGUCAGCUUGGAAGAUUUUGAAAUUUGGAAUAACCAACUCUCAGGUUUCAUUCCAGAGAGUAUUGGUAAGCUUCAAAAUCUAAUUGUAUUGGCUUUGAACAAUAAUAUGCUUUCAGGAAAUGUUCCAUCCUCUGUCGGAAACUUGACGAAUUUAAUUCAAUUUCUAGUGCAAAGUAACAAUCUUUCAGGAAGAAUUCCAUGGAAUCUUGGCAGCUGUCAAAAUUUAGUUGGAUUGGAUCUUUCUCAAAACAAUUUUGUUGGCUCCAUACCAUCUGAAAUUUUAAACAUUUCUUCAUUGUCAGUCUAUUUUGAUUUAUCUGGAAACAAGUUGUCCGGAAACUUGGCAAUUGAAGUAGGAAAUCUGAAAAACCUCGGAGAACUCGAUGUUUCAGGAAACGAGUUAUCAGGUGAAAUUCCAAGCAAUCUUGGUAAUUGCAUAAGCCUUGAGAUACUACAUAUGGAUGGAAAUAAUUUUCAGGGGCUAAUACCUUCAUCUUUGAGUUCACUGAAGGCUCUACAGAUUUUAGAUCUAUCUAACAAUAACUUGUCAGGUGAAAUUCCUGAAUUUCUGUCAAGUUUUGGUGCAUUGCAGUAUUUGAACCUCUCGUACAACAAUUUUCAAGGCAUAAUGCCCAGCAAAGGCACACUCUUUCAGAAUGCAAGUGCUAUUUCAGUUGAAGGAAACAAUAUGCUUUGUGGAGGAAUUUCUGAAUUCCAAUUACGCGUAUGCAAUUCAAGAACGAACAAGAAGAUUAGAUUGAAAAUAGUGAUCGUUGCUGUUUUAUCAGCAUUUUCAGGAAUCGCAUUGUUACUGUUUAUUAGUUGCUGGUUCUGCAGGCAGAAGAAAGUAAAAGAAACAAGUGAUCAAGCCUACUUUUCAAAGAAGAAGAUGAUGGAACUAUCUUAUCAAACACUCCAUAACGCUACUGAUGGAUUUUCUUUAGACAAUAUGAUCGGAAUGGGCGGUUUUGGAUCAGUCUAUAAAGGCAGACUUAACAGAGGAGAAGAAGAAGAAGUAGCAGCUUUAAUUGCUGUCAAGGUGUUUAACCUUACACAUGGUGGUGCUGUCAAGAGCUUCUUAGCGGAAUGUGAAGCUUUAAGAAAUAUCAGACAUCGAAAUCUCGUAAAGGUAAUAACUGCAUGUUCGAGUGUUGAUUAUCACGGAAAUGAGUUUAAGGCUCUGGUUUAUGAGUUCAUGAUCAACGGUAGUCUAGACAAGUGGCUGCAUUCGGAAACAAGAAAGUUGAACAUUCUGCAGAGACUAAACAUAGCUAUGGAUGUUGCGUGUGCGCUUGAUUAUCUGCAUCAUCAUUGCGAACCACAAAUUGUUCAUUGCGAUCUGAAACCGAGCAAUGUUCUUGUUGAUGAAGAGCUUAUAGGACAUGUGGGUGAUUUUGGGUUAGCUAGAUUCAUUCUUGAAUCAUCCCAAAGUAAUUCUACUCAAUUCAGCUCUAUUGGAGUCCGAGGAACAGUCGGUUAUGCUCCCCCUGAGUACGGAAUGGGAAAUGAAGUUUCAACGUAUGGCGAUAUAUACAGUUACGGGAUCAUGUUGCUGGAAAUGUUUACAGGAAAGAGGCCUGUAGAUGAUAUGUUUAAAGAAGGUUCAAGUCUUCAUAACUAUGUAAAGACUGCUUUGCCAGAUCAAGUGGUCGAGAUUGUCGAUCCAAUUCUACAUUCCGAAAUCGAAGAAAGUGAGACGAGCAUCGACAGUACUGAUAAUGAGAUAUGCACAAGCAGCAGUACUAACAGACUGACUGAGUGCUUGAAUGUGAUACUUCAAGUUGGAGUUGAUUGUUCUGUUGAUUCGCCUAUAGAACGAAUGAGCAUUGUCGAUGUUAUCAGGCUGUUGAGAUUGGUCAAAGACAAACUAGUUGGACUGGUCGGAACUGGAAUUCGUAGCGAAAGACGGUCUUCAACUAGUGUUCAAUCGAAAGAAAAGAAAUACUACGGAUCCGAUAUAACCAAAUAGCAAAUUGUUUAUGUUAUGAUUGUGUAGUGAUAGAAUAAUACAUAUGAUAAUUUGAGAAGAUGCAAUUCAUUUUUUGUUUAAAUUAAAUAUUUAAUUUAUUUCAACAUGUUAUUUUAAUUUGUUUA